AUGAACAACAUAUGUACAACGGUAGUGGCUGUUAACAUUUUAGAGUUCUUUCCCUGGUUAGAUGACUUGUUUAAGUUAAUGUACUUGAACAAAGAAUGGAGGUACACCGUCCUUGAUGUUAUCCGAAAUACAAAUUUCUUAAAUGGGAAAACUAUCAUGCGAUUAAAAAAUAAAAAGUAUAUUUUGCUAAUUUUAAAAUAUAUGAAGUGCAACAAUAAAAGAGGAAAAGCAAUAUGCGAGCAUUUCGACCGUAUAGACCUGGGGAGUUACAAGUUGUGCUACUUCCCUAAUGUUUUAGAGCUAAUCAUCGCGUCCUGUAACUUGAACCCUUUGUUCUUUAACUGCAUCCAACACAUAUUUCCAAGAUUGAUAUACUUUAAGUUGAUUAUUAGAACCCCUGUAUGUAUACCUCUUUUAAAAAACUUUUGCUUCAAUUCGAAGAGUCUUAGGUAUAUGAUUAUCUGUUUUGUGAACAGUACCCUUGACAAGGAGUACAAAGAGAAAUUGAGGAACAGCUUAACAACCUUUUUUCGACUUUGGAAUAUUAAUGUUCAACUAAUAACAGAGUAG